AUGGGUACAAAUCCUUCUGAUAUGAAUAAAAGCAUUCAAAUUGAAAAUUCAUCAGUAUCUGUUUCUAACAAAGAACAGAAUCAAGAAAAACAUACCAAUGUCGUAAAAUCUAUUGAUACAAACUUAUCAAAAGAAUUAUCAGAACAAAUCUUAGAACAGUCGAUUCCAUCUGCUGACAAUGUACUUCAGGAACUUAACAAUCGUUCUAAUGUUUCUGGCAAUAAGUCUCCUUUAUUGGAAAUAUCCGAAAGAGAACGAUCAACUGUAAAGAAUAGUUCAUUAGAUUAUGAACUUCAAAUGAGUGACAAUGAAAAUACUGAUGAAGAACAUAAAACUACGACAUCAGUCAAUCAAACAAAUAAAACAUUUGAAACUGAACAUCCAACGUCAUUUGCAACAAAUGUAUUAAGUAAUACUAAACGAGAAUUACUUCAUACAUUUAAAAUAAUGAAAAUAGCUACUGAUAUUUAUGAUACAUUAUUUAUUGAAGAUUUAGAAGAUUCUGUAAGUCCAUUACUUCGUGCUUUAGCUAUUCGUCAAAAAUAUAUGCACCACAGUUUUCAAUCAUAUCCAUCAACGGUUGAAAAUUUUUUAGCUAAAAUUUUAGAAGAUGAUGAUCAAUAUCAACGUACAUCAUUAAAUGUCAAUCUACCAAAAAAAGAAGAAUCUAAUUCAUCUACUACAGCAGCUAUAAAAGUUGAAAGUCCAUUUACUCAUCCAUUACUUCCACCUAUUGAUGCUUGUGUUAGAGCAGAAAAUGGUAUAUAUCAUGUUUAUAUACUUAAUGAACAAAAACAAUGGAUACCAGCUAAUUAUAAAUACAUAAAUUAUGAUGAAUUCAUUAAGGAUUUUACACUUAUAUCAAAAAUGACUGUUGAUGGUCCAUUACAAUCAUUUUGUCAUCGUCGUUUACAAUACCUUAAAACAAAACAUGAAUUACAUACUUUACUUAAUGAAGUUAAAGAAUGGUCCGAAGCUAAAUCAGCAUCACAUAGAGAUUUUUAUAAUG